UUUUCAGACUAUUUAUAAUAUGGAUACUUCAUACCAAAGUAAACUUUAGCAAUUUAUUGGAAUUGUAACAAUAAACAUUUGAAAUAAAUUAGUUGUUAAUUGUAACAUAUACCGAUUUAUUUACAGAUAAUGUCAUAGGUGUAUUUAAAGACUCAAGGAAAAUGAUGGAAGACAGCCAAUCAUGUUGGUAGCAAGUGAGAAGAGAUAUGAAUCAGCCGAAACAAUUUCUUACAGGACAAUAUAUUUCAGUUUUAAAUCUUAAUGACUUUAACAAAUGGCAUUCUGAAAAGCGUGAUAAUUGUUACAAUAUUUUACAGCAAACUACGUGCGAACGUAGUCACAAUCUUCGUUAAAAACGAACGGAACUGGGGAAUAGACAGAAUAAUUUAUGGAUUAAAAGGGCGAGGGCAUAAUAAUAAAAGCUCCAGCAAUGGCAGUUCAAGAUUCCAAAUAUACGAAUAAAUGUGGGCCAUGCCUGUUUGAUGGUGAAUUCGUGGAUCCAAAUAAUUUCUGCGUGGAAUGUCUGGAGUAUUUGUGACAGUUGUAUACGUGAUCACAGAAAAAAUAAGUCAUCACGUGAUCAUACAAUACUUCAGAAGGGUGAUUUUCCCAAGGAUGUUAAAUUAUUUGAAGAAAUGAAGAAAUUGACUCAAUGUCCGAAACACCCUUACAUUGACCUCGACCAAUACUGCCCAACGCAUGAUGUUUCAAUUUGUCCGUUCUGUUUGAAAAGCGAUCAUAGGCUUUGUGAAAAUCUCACAGAUAUCAUAAGUUUAUUUCAGGGAGGAUGCCCUAGUGAAAACUGCAGUGAACUUAUAAAAGUGUUCUUUAAUCGGUGUAAUUUACUACAAACUGAAACAAUGAAAAUUGCAAACGAUGUACAUACUAAUAAUUUUGAAGUGGCACAAGACAUCCAACUGUACAUUUUGACUUUGAACGAUGCCAUUGAACAAUUAGAGAGGAGGUUGUCUGAAAAACACGAAUGUUUAAUAUCGCCUGUUAACGAAGCUAUUAAAUGCGCGGAACAAAUGGUUUUAUCUGUUGAAAAGAAAGCUAUAUAUUAUGAUAGUUUGUUCGAGAUAACGACCAAGUAUGGUACGCUGAAACAUAAUAUAGUUUUGCAAUUCAUGACGUGUUCGUUACUGAAAGCAUUGGGAGAGCAUGACUAAUUUAAAACUAAGGCAGAUACAAAAAUAUCAUUUAUCAAGCCAGUUACUACUAGUAGAAUAAUUGAAAUGUUACCACAAUGUGACGUCGUGAUAAAAUGUAAUGACAGACAAGCCCAAGAACUAUCAAGUGAUGAGCAUACAGACCCUGAACCUAAAGCACGAGACGCAACUACACAGGUUGAUGAAAUUGAUUUCGUGACGAGAAGUUGUUUAAAUCAGAAUUUACACGAAAUGCAUAUCAGGUUUGACAAUAUAAAACUCAUGCCGUGUGGAGAAUACGCGAUUAUUUCCUUAGAUGUUUUAGCGGACGGUAGAAUACUCGUAUUAUCUGAAUGUGCGAUGGGACUUUACUCAAUUAAACUGACCUUGAUAUCAACAUUCGACAUUAAGCACAGAGUCAAUGACAUGUGUAUCGUCAAAGAAAACAAAGAUGGUUACUUAAAUGUUGCUGUUUGCUUUCACAAACUAAACAAAUUACAAAUUGUAGAACAUUUUAACGAAUUUCGCGAAUUAUCUUAUAUAACUUGUGAGGGCGAUGUCAUCAGUAUAAGUAUGUGUGUUUACCAUUUGGCAGUGCUUCUGUCGCACUAUGAAGUCCAGCUGCUUGAUAUUGCAACGGGCCAUGUCUGUUAUGCAUACAAGGAAUUCAGGUGGACAAUCAACGGAUCAAUUGUUCGUUUAUGCUCACCCAUCAGAAUUCAUAUAUGCAGCUCAAAAAAUCUAUUAAUUGUAGUUGAUGAAAAUACAAUUUACUCUUUUAACAUUAAAGAUGGAAAAUGUAAAGAAGACACGUUAUAUUUAGUCGGUUCAUGUCAUUGGGGUUAUUCGCAAUUCUCUUGCACCAAACCUGAAUUUAAGGAUGCAAACGAUGUGAAAUGUGAUUCAAACGGAAAUAUAUAUGUUGCAACCAGCAAGAGUAUCUAUCAAGUUAACAGCACUGGAACCGCACGGACCCUGAUUCAACAUUAUACAGAUGCUAAUGAUAUAUUAUAUGGUUUUUGUAAAACAUGUGCUAUUGACGAGUACCGCAACAGAAUAGUUGUCGGCUUUGUCUUUUCCCGUUAUGUGCGUGUGUAUGAUUACACUCUACCAACAAAUGAUACAUAAUCAACGAGAUAUCGGCGGAUGAGGUGACGUGUAAGUGACGAAAACACUCGUCCGUUCUCAAGUAAACAGCUCAAAUCUCUUUUUUGUAUUAGUUGAUAUGCAGAUGACACUCUUGAAGUUGCUGAGUGAUUUUAUAUAUUGAAAACAGUGUCGUAUAGAGGGCAGCAAUUUUGUUAUUCCAAUAAACGAUGUACAUUAAAUGCAUCCAUUCACAGUUCUCGUAUUCGUAAGUUUUCUUACUUGUACAUGAAUUGUAACGUAGUUUAACUAUUUGCUUUGUAUAAGUGUAAUACAUAUUAUUUAUUCAUUCUUGAUUACAUACUUAUCCGUAUGUUAUCCAUCUGGAUCAUCCAAUCUGCAUAGUUUAUGAUGACAAACACGUCAUAAUUCUUUCUAAAAGGCCUGUUAAGGUGAAAGUAGUCGACGACUGCCCAGCUUGCUUGCAUUUAAUGUCAAUAUUUACAUAUUGCAUAUUAUAUCUAGGUUAUGAUAAUGUCUGAUUUAACUUUGCGGGUAGAUCUGGUUUACUAUUUUAGAUUAUACCAUAGUAAUCGUUCUUAUACGCUUUAUAUACAUGCUGAUCUUACAAUGUCUGUAGGAUUUCAAUUGUGUAAUAAACAUAUGAAUGC